GUUCAUCUUUGUUGAUGCAAGACUGGUGUGAAGUGUGGGAAGUGUAUAAAAGUGAGAAACAGUCUGCAGCAGAUCAGUUGUGGUCAAGAUGGCCAAGCUCACUCUGCUUACCGGUCUGGUCCUCCUGCUGAAUGCCCAGAUAGGCACUGCCUAUGUGCUAUCAUGUUACUUCACCAACUGGGCCCAGUAUAGGCCUGGCCUUGGAAGAUUCAUGCCUGACAACAUUGACCCGUACCUGUGCAACCACCUGAUCUACGCCUUUGCUGGGAUGUCCAACAAUCAGAUCACGACUUAUGAAUGGAACGAUGAGACCCUUUACAGAUCCUUCAACGGCUUGAAGAACCAGAACAGUAAUCUGAAGACCCUCCUGUCGGUUGGAGGAUGGAAUUUUGGGACACAGAAGUUCUCCACAAUGGUUUCCACUCCACAGAACCGCCAGACCUUCAUCAAUUCCGUCAUCAGAUUCCUACGCCAGUAUCAAUUCGAUGGACUGGACAUUGACUGGGAGUACCCUGGGUCCAGGGGCAGCCCAGCCCAGGACAAGACUCUCUUUACCGUCCUGAUUAAGGAAAUGCUGGCAGCCUUUGAGCAGGAAGCCGCCCAGGUCAACAAGCCCCGUCUCAUGAUCACCGCGGCUGUUGCUGCAGGAAUUUCCAACAUUCAGGCUGGCUACGAGAUUCCCGAGAUUGGACAGUACUUGGACUACAUCCAUGUGAUGACCUACGACUUCUAUGGCUCCUGGGAAGGAUACACUGGGGAGAACAGCCCUCUGUAUGGUGGCAGUAAUAUCGACCUCAGUGUUGAAUAUGCUAUGAACUACUGGAAGAACAAUGGUGCUCCAGCUCAGAAGCUCCUUGUUGGAUUCCCAACCUAUGGACAUAACUUCAACCUUCAAAACCCAUCUAACACUGCUGUUGGGGCACCAGCAUCAGGACCUGGGCCAGCUGGACCUUACACAAGGCAGGCUGGGCUUUUGGCUUACUAUGAGAUCUGCACAUUCCUGGGCUCUGGAGCCACCCAGGCUUGGGAUGCCCCCCAGGAUGUGCCCUAUGCCUACAAGGGCAGCGAAUGGGUUGGCUAUGAUAACAUCAAGAGCUUCAGCAUCAAGGUUGACUGGUUAAAGAACAACAACUUUGGAGGUGCUAUGGUUUGGGCCCUUGAUAUGGAUGACUUCACUGGCUCUUUUUGCAAUCAGGGCAAAUAUCCCCUGAUCACCACCCUGAGUAACGGCCUUGGUCUGUAAAGCUGUGAAUCGCCACGAUGAUCUUGCCUAUAAUACCAGCUGCUCCUGCUACAAUUGGCCACGAAGAUACUAGUCCUAUUACAGCUAACAGACCCGUCUGAUCUUAUUGCCUAGAAUAACAAUGAUUAAAUAAAGUGUUCUUCAUAAGCAACAA